AUAGGGCUGUUAAAUUGCUGGGAAGAAAUAUUCCCUCAAUUUUGAAGGUGACUAAAGAUGUGGAUCUGAAGAUAAGCAGAAGGCUUUGCAUCAGACCCCAGGAAGAAAGUCAGCUACGGCCGAGAAGUCAGUCUGGUUUGAGGGUGCCUGGACACAAGCCUACAGACUGGGAGAAAAAGUUUUUGUUGUGGGCAGGCCAUUUCAAAAAACCAGAGGAUAUACCAGAGACUGUCUCGAUCGAAACAAUCAGAGCAGCAAAGACCACUCUGCGUGUAAAGACCAGCUAUGUAAUGAUUGCCUUGACAAUAGUGGGAUGCAUAGCCAUGGUAAUUAAAGGGAAGCAGGCUGUAAAAAGGCAUGAAUCUCUAAGCAGCAUGAACUUGGAGAAGAAAGCUCAAUGGAGAGAGGAAGCUGCUCAGAGUGCAUCUGCUAAGCCUUAG